AUACGAUAACAACCCAACUUGGUCAACAGGUAACUAAAGUCAGAACCCUAAGCUAAACCAGCGACUUGCGAAUAUAUAUAUAUAUAUAUAUAACAUGUAGUCUACAAACAAAAUAAUCUUUACGCUUCUUCUCCGUGACAGAUAUUCGGAACGAAGCAUAUAGACGAAGGGCACAUUCCACAAACAACCAUGGCAGAUGCACCUGAAGAUAAUACAGGAAGCCUUAAAGAACAGUUAGCAAAGGUAUUUGAGGUCUCAAUCAAAGUUACCGUCCCCGAUGAGUCACAAGUGGUGCCUAUAAUUGCUCCCUGCUCCAAAAAGGAAUCCGGUGAUUACCAAUGCAACAAUGCCAUGAGCUUAUGGUCAAAAAUAAAAGGCAAGGGUACCGAGUUUAAAGGUCCACAACCUGUUGGACAGGCGAUCAUGCGAAAUCUUCCAGCAUCUGACAUGAUUGAAUCAUGCUCUGUAGCUGGUCCUGGCUUUAUAAACGUUAAGUUAUCAACACAAUGGAUAGCUAAGAGCAUCCAGAAGAUGCUAAUUGAUGGUAUAGACACAUGGGCGCCAAAGCUUCCGGUCAAAAGAGCAGUAGUUGACUUUUCAUCACCCAACAUUGCAAAGGAAAUGCAUGUGGGUCAUUUAAGGUCAACUAUCAUUGGAGACACACUAGCCCGUAUGCUCGAGUAUUCUAAAGUCGAUGUCCUUCGCAGAAACCAUGUUGGGGAUUGGGGCACUCAGUUUGGGAUGUUGAUUGAGUUCCUGUUUGAGAAGUUCCCAGACGGGGAAGUUAAUGAUCAGGAUAUUGGAGAACUUGAGGUGUUCUAUAAGGCCUCUAAACAGCGAUUUGAUGGUGAUAAGGAAUUCAAAGAGACAGCCCAACAGGCGGUAGUCAGGCUCCAGGGUGGGGAGGAAAAGUACAGGAAGGCAUGGGCACAAAUCUGUGAGAUAAGUCGAAGGGGUUUCGAACAAGUCUAUCGGCGUUUAGGGGUCCACUUGGAAGAAAAGGGUGAAAGCUUUUACAAUCCCUACAUUCCUGGAACCCUAGAUCUUCUCAGGCAAAAGGGUUUGAUUAAAAAUGAAGCUCAGGCGAUCAAAUUUAAGGAAGGUCAGGUGAUCAAAAUUGAAGGAGCUAAGGUGGAAAAAAAUAAAGAAGAUUUGGUGAUCAAAAUAGAAAGAGGUCAGGUGAUCACAAUUGAAGGAGCUAAGGUGAUAAAAAAUGAAGGAGCUAAGGUGGUCAAAAUUGAAGGAGCUCGGGUGAUCAAAACCGAAGAAGGUGAGGUGAUAAAAAAUGAAAAAGGUGAGGUGAUAAAAAAUGAAGAAGGUAAGGUGAUCAAAGUCGAAGAAGGUCAGGUGAUCAAAAUUGAAGGAGCUCAGGUGAUCGAAACUGAAGGAGGCCAGGUAAUCGAAAUUGAAGGAGCUCAGGUGAUCGAAAUUGAAGGAAAAGAUAUACCUCUUAUAGUUGUCAAGAAAGAUGGAGGUUAUAACUAUGCCUCAACAGAUCUUGCAGCUCUGUGGUAUCGUCUUAAUGAGGAAAAAGCUGAGUGGAUAAUAUAUCUGACCGAUGUAGGUCAGAGAGAACACUUUGAGAUGUUCUUCGCUGCUGCUAAACUUGCAGGGUGGCUACCAACUGAUAAGAACAAAUACCCUAAAACAAGUCAUGUAGGAUUUGGCCUUGUUCUUGGUGAUGAUAAAAAGAGAUUUAGAACUCGUAGUACGGAAGUAGUUAAGUUGGUUGAUUUGCUUGAUGAAGCUAAACGUCGUUGUAAAGAGGCUCUUGAAGAGCGAGGUAAAGCUGCUCAGUGGACUCCUGAGGAGCUUGAGCAAACGUCCGAAGCAAUUGGAUAUGGUGCUGUUAAGUAUGCAGACCUGAAGAACAACAGGUUGACCAACUACACAUUCAAUUUUGAUCAGAUGCUUAAUGAUAAAGGAAAUACUGCUGUAUAUCUGCUGUAUGCACAUGCUCGAAUAUGUUCAAUUAUUAGAAAAUCGGGUAAAGACAUCGAGGAACUGAAAAGGGAGGGACAAUUAAAAUUAGAGAGAGAUGAAGAACGCAAGCUCGGAUUACAUUUGCUCCAGUUUCCCGAGGCUGUAAAAGAGGCAUGCACAAAUCUGUUACCGAAUGUCCUGUGUGAGUACCUAUAUGAUUUAUCUGAGAAGUUUACGAGCUUCUACUCCGAGUGCCAGGUGGUUGGGUCUGCUGAGGAGAGAAGCAGAUUAUUGUUGUGUGAGGCAACUGCAGUCGUAAUGAGGAAGUGCUUUUAUCUCUUGGGGAUUACUCCUGUCUACAAAAUCUAAUCUCUAGUUUUUCAUUGAAUCGUAAUACAUCCUUACAGAUUGUAAAUAUUUUUAUUGGUAUUUUUUUGCAGAUUUUUGCCUUUGGGCAUCUUCAUAUGAUUGUUACACAAGUUUAUUAUUUAUUUAAGAUGUUCUUGUUUCUUGCUA